UGAAACGAAUUCGGGUCGGGCUUGGGCGAGGCAACCCUAGGUAGAAAAAUGUAGAUAUGUUGUUGUGUGGUUUGGUGAUUUGUGGAAACGUAAUCAACAUUUCGCAGUGUGGAGGAUCGUCUUCUUCAUCCCACCCACACAGAGUUCAGUUCAGUUAGGAUAUCUAUUUUUUAAUGGCUAAUAGACCGGAUCCGGAUAUUGAUGAUGAUUUUCGUGAGCUUUAUAAGGAGUACACUGGCCCCCUGGGGACUGCUACUACAAACAUGCAAGAGAGGGCAAAAUCAAAUAAGAGGUCUAAUGCAGGGUCUGACGAGGAGGAGGAAGCCCGGGACCCUAAUGCUGUUCCAACUGAUUUCACCAGCCGAGAAGCUAAGGUUUGGGAGGCUAAGUCAAAGGCUACGGAAAGGAAUUGGAAGAAAAGGAAAGAGGAGGAAAUGAUCUGCAAGCUUUGUGGAGAAUCAGGGCAUUUCACUCAGGGCUGUCCAUCUACUCUCGGAGCAAAUCGAAAGUCUCAAGAUUUCUUUGAAAGGAUACCUGCCAGAGACAAAAAUGUACGGGCACUUUUCACAGAGAAAGUUUUAAGCAAGAUUGAAAAGGAUGUUGGCUGCAAAAUUAAGAUGGAUGAGAAGUUUAUUAUUGUCAGUGGUAAGGAUAGAUUAAUUUUGGCCAAAGGUGUUGAUGCUGUGCACAAGAUUCGAGAGGAGGGUGAUCAAAGGGGAUCAUCUAGUUCUCAAAUGACCCAAUCAAGAUCACCUGAAAGAAGUCCUGUUAGUGCUCGGUUUCAACGCUCUGAGCCCCAAAGGUCUCAUUCUGGACCACGAAAUACAUCUCAGUUUCAACAAAGGUUUGGUAGGCAAGAGAGGGCUGUUGAAGACCGUAUCAGGGAUGAUGUUCAAAAGUUUUCUAGAGGUUCUCCACAAGCAAGAGCUUAUGGAAAUAGUGGAGCUAGAGGUCGUUCAAGCCAGUCAAGAUCUCCAAGGCAUGCCCCUUAUACAGGAAACUCAUAUAAUUCAUUUGAUGAUCGUAAUCAAAACAUGGGUGCUUAUAGGAAUGAAGGAUGGGAUUCUCAUAGAAGAGAAUCUGGUAUCCAGCCUGGUCAUCAGUUUGAUUACAACGCCUCCCCACAGACUUUAGAAGAAUUAGAGUUGGAGUAUAAGAACGAGGCAACAGAGCUAAUGAAAAUUCGUGACAGAGAAGAAGAUGAAGAAAAUUUCAAGCAUCGUGAGGCUAUUAGAGAUUUGAGGGAGAAGUACAUGAGCAAAGUUUCCUUGGUAAGGGUCACACAUGCAAAACAGUUGGAAGAAUUUCUUCAGCUUGAUGCGCAGAGGCGUCGACAGCAAGUGGGUCAACAGAUGUCUUCUGGUUAUCGGGGUUUUAAACAGCAGAGUUUUCCUGAAUAUGAUGGGUCCACUGCCAAUCCUCCUACUUAUGCUGGUUCUAAUAUACCAUUGGAAUCGAGGAACAGGUUCUCAGGCAACAUGGAAACUUAUCCUAAUAGGCCUCAUGAUAAUUUUGGUGAAUUUCAUAGGCGUGGAGAUUUUGCAAAAGCUUACAACAGAUAUUAAAAUUCUGUAUAUCAAUCAAGUGGGUCCAGAUUGAUCGAGUAGGCAGUUUAAUGCACUGGAGGCCAUAAGGUAGGUAAGUAUGUUGAUUAAUCUUAGGAUUGGAUGGACAUGGAUUUCGGUUGAUGGGUCUGGUUUUCAUUUGAAAUAUGGUUGCUCAGAUUAAGAACUUUGCUGUAAGUUGUGAUGCACUAUUGGGUUAUUAUCCUUGACUUAUUAACGUGCUACUGCAGCUUGGAUUGUGUUACGGGGAGAUCCUUUGAAAGAUUGAUUGAUUUUAGUAGAAUCAAAUCUACUUUUGUUACCACGCAGGUGUUUGAUGUACCUUGUGGGGUACUUAAGGUUUUCUGAGGUAUCGAUUCUCUAGGUUGA